AUGGACUUGAACUACUAUGUCUUGCGUAUUAUUUUUCAAUAUUUGAAUGGAUUUGAUUUGCAUAAUGCUUCUAAAGUUUCUAGAUCUUGGUCGGAAAUAGCAAACGAUGAAAAACAAACAAGGGGUCCAAUGUGCAUUAUAAAAAGCAAAGAUAGAAAAUCAGAUUCCAUUGAUUAUGAAGUUAUACAAAAAGAAAUCAUAAAAUGUUGCAAAGUUAAACCUUCUUUAAGCAUGUUAUUCAUUAAAAUUGAAAGUAAAGAAGAUAUUGCAGGAAAAUGUUACUGCAAAUACCUGCCUUUUAAUUGGUACUCACCGGUAGUGGGUAGUUAUUUACCGAGAACAGAAAAAAAUACCGUUUUAUGGAUGUUUUUUCCCGAAGUACCUAACAUCAAAAUCACUACGCUUACUUUUGUACCAUAUAAACUUAUUUGGGGCAAUGGAAUAUAUUGCCAUGAAAUAAAAGCUAAUUUUAAUCUUUCUUUUACGAAUGCAGACCGAUUGAAAACGGUAUUCGAAUCUGUUUAUAAUUUCGAUCAACGUACGGUUGAUCGGAAAAGUUGUUUGAUAUUAUUGUGCGAUCGUAAUGGUGCUUUAAUAACUAGUAAUCUUGAGAACGCUUUGCGCAGUUGGUAUCCAAAUAAAAGACUUCCUGUGUGGGGUGGAAUAGUAGAUUAUUUAUCGAUUUGUCAUCAUAUGCCACAUACUUCUGUAUCAAAUGAAACCAUGUUCUGCAUUGCUGUUUUAAUAAGCGGUGAAGGAUUAAAUACCUGGUCUACAUUUUUGUAUUGCAACUGUAAUACUCAGAAAAAAAUCGAAAGAAAAUUGAAAUCCUUUAAAGAUAGAAUAACGUUGAAAAAACAUUCGAUAGGGUUCAUGUUCAAUCCUCACUUUCGUAGUUAUUUGUCUUGCUUAGAAUCAACUACAUUUAAACAAAUAUUUCCUGGAGUGCCUUUAGUUGAGUAUUCUGGUAUUGGUGCAUUUGGAGGGAUUGAUAGUGAACCUUAUACAAGAAUAAUAAAUAAGUUGAAUCUUUUCGACAAAACAGCAUUUAUGGUAAUAACAUACGAUUGAUACUUAUUAAUAUGUGUAGCUUGUCGAACUAUAUAACGAGCAGUUUAUAGAUUUUAAAGCUGUUUAUUUCGUUGGAAACUUUGUCUAAAGAUUUUAGAAUAUUUACAACGCGUAUUUUGACAUCUAUUCUCCAAGUUUUCAUACAAUAUACAAACAUCGAUAUUUUAUUUACUUCAGAACAACGAACGAAAUGUUUUUUAUCGCUAGAUUUUUACUUAUUAAUCAUUGAAUUUAUAUUUCUUUUAAGACUUCUGAAACCAUAAUACUAAUGCAUAACUUUCAGAAUGAUAACUAAUUACUUUUAUUCUUAUAUUAGAAAUUUCUCCAUAAGUGGAAAAGUUUUACUUGCCUGACAGAUUAUUUGUAUUUAUUUUGUGAUGUAAUUCUUUAUAUUAAUUUUUUUUUGUUUAAAUUAUAAGAAAAACAAGCAUAUAACAAAAUGAAAACACAGUGUAAGUUCGACAUUGAUUUAUAUAUGAUUCGGUUAAACAUUUAAUCUGGGACAGCAAUAUUUCUUAGAAAAAAUAAAUAUACUUUUAUAAGAGAUAAUAAAA